UGCUCUUUUAUCAAGCUAACUCCUCAUAAGUUCUCUGGUGAAAAUCGGGAACUUCCCAGGCUAUUGCAGAGGGCGGGGACAUCACAGGGCUUGUGAGAGAGGACUUAGCACUCUCCAGCCAGACUCACAAGAGAAGCCAACAGCAUUCAGCACUUCACAGGGGCUGCUUUCUUUAAGACUGAAGGACAUUGCUUCAGAGACAAAAGAACACACGGGACAUGGCCUCGGAGAUCCACAUGCUGGAGCCCAUGUGCCUCAUUGAAAACACUGAGGAGCAGCUCAUGGUCAACCAGGAGGCCCUGGGGAUCCUGUCGGCCAUCAAGCAGCCAGUGGUGGUGGUGGCGAUUGUGGGCCUCUACCGCACAGGCAAAUCCUACUUGAUGAACAAGCUAGCUGGGAAGAAAACAGGCUUCUCUCUGGGCUCCACAGUGCAGUCUCACACCAAGGGGAUCUGGAUGUGGUGUGUGCCUCAUCCCCAGAAUCCAGGACACACUCUAGUUCUGCUUGACACUGAGGGCCUUGAAGAUGUUGAGAAGGGAGACAACCAGAAUGACUGCUGGAUCUUUGCCUUGGCAAUCCUCCUCAGCAGCACCUUCAUCUACAACAGCAUAGGAACCAUCAACCAGCAGGCCAUGGACCAGCUGCACUAUGUGACAGAGCUAACUGAUCUUAUCAAAUCAAAGUCAUUACCUGAGCAGGAUGGGGUAGACGACUCAGCUAACUUCGUAGGCUUCUUUCCAACAUUUGUGUGGGCUCUGAGAGAUUUCUCCCUGGAGCUAGAAGCUAAUGGAAAACCCAUCACUGCUGAUGAAUACCUAGAACGUUCACUGACCCUGAAAAAAGGAUCUGAUAUGAAAAUUAAAAGCUUUAAUGAGCCUCGGCUAUGCAUCAGGAAGUUCUUCCCAAAGAGGAGGUGCUUUGUCUUUGACAGGCCUGCUCAGAGGAAGUAUCUUUCCAAACUAGAGACACUUAGAGAGGAAGACCUGAGUGAUGAAUUUGUGGAACAAGUUGCAGAAUUCACCUCAUACAUCUUCAGCUCUUCUGAUGUCAAGACUCUGUCUGGUGGCAUAAUAGUCAAUGGGCCACGUUUACAGAGCUUGGUGCUGACCUAUGUCAAUGCCAUCAGAAGUGGAGAACUACCCUGCAUGGAGAAUGCUGUCCUGACUUUGGCCCAGAUAGAGAACUCAGCUGCAGUGCAAAAGGCCAUUGAGCACUAUGAAGAACAGAUGAACCAGAAGGUCCAGCUGCCCACGGAAACUCUCAAAGAGCUGCUAGACCUGCACAGGCCCAUUGAGAGAGAGGCCAUUGAGGUCUUCAUGAAGAAUUCUUUCAAGGAUAUAGACCAAAAGUUCCAGAGGGAAUUAGGGGACCAGCUGGUAGCAAAGCGAGAUGCCUUUGUUAAGAAGAACAUGGACGUGUCAUCAGCUCGUUGCUCAGAUUUGCUGGAAGAUAUUUUUGGACCUUUGGAAGAAGAAGUGAAACAGGGGACAUUUUCUAAACCGGGAGGUUACUACCUCUUUCUUCAAAAGAAACAAGAGCUGGAGAAAAAGUAUAACCAGGCUCCUAGAAAGGGGCUCCAGGUAAACUGAGUGGUUGGUACCAUG